AUGGAAAUAGAAAAUCAAAGUACCACAAUAACUUCCUUUGUCCUUUGGGGAUUUUCCUAUAACUUGCCAGUGAAUAUCUUCCUCUUCUUUGCAUUCCUCUUUAUUUAUGCCCUAACUUUACUGGGAAAUAUCGUGAUCAUGGUUGUUACAAGUCAUCUCCCAAGCCCCAUGUACUUUUUUCUGGCUCAUCUGGCUUUUCUUGAUAUCUGCUUUUCUUCCGUCACUGUGCCUAAGCUCUUAGAGAUUUUGACUGUAAAGCAGACAAUUUCAUAUUCUGGCUGUUUUGCCCAAAUGUUCUUCAUACUUCUGACAGGAAGCAAUGAAACUUGCAUUCUUGCAGCUAUGGCCUAUGACCGAUAUGCUGCCAUUUGCAAACCUCUCCAUUAUAUAAAAAUUAUGAACAAAGCAUGCUGUAGAUGGCUGGUUGGUGGUGGAUGGGCAAUGGCUUUUUCAUAUGCCUUGAUAAACACAUUUUCUGUUUUGAAGCUGGGUUUCUGUGGACCAAAUUUUAUCAGGGAUUUCAGCUGUGAAUUUCCAUCUCUACUUGCCUUAUCUUGCACAGACACACUCUUCAGUUGGAUAGUAUUCCUCAUCACUGGUAGUACCCUUGUCAUAUCUUCAUUGACUGUGAUUCUCUUUUCCUACAUUCAUAUAAUCCAAACUAUCCUGAAGCUGAACUCCGCAAAAGCAAAAAGAAAAACUUUCUCUACCUGUAGUGCUCACCUCAUUGUUGUGGUUUUGUAUUAUAGCACUGGAUGUUUUAGGAAUCUUAGGCCCAGCUCAGCUUCCUCAAUUAUUGUGGAUGGACUCUUCUCCGUUCAGUAUAGCAUCUCAACACCCAUGCUGAACCCCCUUAUCUACAGCCUGAAAAACAGGGAAGUGAAGGAAGCCAUCAAAAAGCUAAUGGGCUACAAACCGUUGAAUUCUCGUACUGUGUAA